AUGGCUAAAAAUCCUGGACACCGUGGUAGCCCUGAUAAGCUUUACUGUCUCUCAUCACUACAGGUUUUCUGUGGAGGAUUUGGUCCCACUGAAGUGGCCACUCAGGGAUUUGUGGUUCUUUGUUACCAGCUUAAGAGCAGCGCUGAAGGUAUACUGAACAAGAAAUAUGAGUACUUUACUGCCAUUUCUUACCGGUCUCAGAUUGUAGCUGGAACAAACUUCAUAUUCAAGAUCCAUGCUGGAGGGGAAAACUACGUCCACAUGUCUGUCUUCUGGGCACUGCCCUGCAAUGGAGGAGGGGUGACGGUGAUGGGUGCACAGGAGAACAAGAGUAAAACUGACCCCAUUGUACCUUUCUAAUGUGGCCACAGUAAACCUACCUGCACCUCUGGGUUUUUAUACAGAGUGUUUUGUUUCUGUCACAUCAAUUAA